AUGGCAGAGGCUCAGUCUAUCAAAGAGCAUAGCUGCCACCUCCUCAAUUUCUUCUACGAUGAAUGCAACUCCUGCGCUCUCACUCCCUUUAUCAAUGGUGUGCGCUUCCAUCUCAUUGUGGAUCCAGAUGAACUCAAGUCUCCCAAGAAUAAACCGAUCUUGCCGUCUUAUCUAGACCUCCUCGGAGCCGUCAAGACUGAGGGAGGCAAAGCUGACAUAGCUGCUGCCAAAGGUUUUGAAGAUGCUCAGGCCACCACGGCUGCACCGCAGCAAGCACGGACAACCGGUACCAAGAUUCAACAGGACAGCGACAGUGCGAUAGACCUCAGGGCGGACCAAGAGAAAUCAUCAGACGAAGAUGCAAGAAAUAAGCAUGUCGACGCAGCAACGGACCUUCAGAACUAG